AUGGGCUCUGAAUAUGAUGCUCAAAUAAGACAUCGCACUUGGGAUCUGGUUCCUCCUGACCCGUCUUAUAAACUUGUCGGCACCAAGUGGAUUCAUCGCAUAAAGAGACUUCCUAACGGCAAGAUCGACAAGUACAAAUCCAGGUUUGUUGCAAAAGGGUGUCACCAGAGACCAGGAGUAGACUACGCAGAGACUUUUAGUCAUGUAAUAAAGGCAGCUACGGUUCGACUUGUUCUUGGUCAGGCAGUGGCUCGUGGCUGGUCUCUUCGUCAACUUGACGUCAAUAAUGCGUUCCUACAAGGAAACCUCAAUGAAGAUGUCUACAUCGCUCAACCUGCUGGCUUCGUUGAUCGUGACAAGCCUCACUAUGUCUGCAAACUACGUAAAGCCUUGUAUGGCUUAAAACAAGCUCCACGAGCUUGGUACCUGGAGAUGGAGCUGCGCACGUUUCUUCUUGCCUCUGGCUUCACCAAUUCUCUCGCUGAUGCAUCGCUUUUCAUCCUCAAUAGUCUUGGAGUCACGCUUUAUGUUCUCAUUUACGUCGACGACAUUGUUAUCACUGGAAACGACACCAAAGCGAUUGACAAGUUUAUAGCGCAGCUGGGUAAUCGUUUCUCCCUUAAAGACAUGGGUGAUCUGAACUAUUUUCUAGGCAUUGAAGCGCACAGAAUAGGAUGUGGCCUCCUCCUCAUACAACAGAAAUAUAUCACUGAUCUUCUAGCUCGCUGCAACAUGCUUGAUGCUACUCCGGUUUCAACACCAAUGUCACCCUCUCAUUCAUUGCAACUCACCUCCGGUCGUGCUCUGCCUGAUGGUCGUGAAUAUCGUACCAUUGUGGGUAGUCUGCAGUAUCUACACUUCACGCGCCCAGACGUUGCUUUUGCAGUAGAUAAACUGUCUCAAUUCAUGCACUGCCCAACAUAUGAACAUUGGCAAGCAGCCAAACGUGUUCUACGUUAUCUCUCUGGCACACGAGAUCAAGGUAUUUUUCUUCGGAGCAACAACACCUUGAAUCUUCAUGCCUUCUCUGAUGCUGACUGGGCUGGUAAUCGGGAUGAUUAUACUUCAACGGGUGCCUACAUUGUCUAUCUUGGCUCUCAUCCGGUUGUCUGGUCUUCCAAGAAGCAGAAAACACCAGCUCGCUCCUCUACGGAGGCGGAGUACAGAUCUGUUGCGGAUACUGCUGCUGAACUCUGUUAG